AUGGAGCUGGCCACGGAUUUUCUUGUUCAUGCCCACGGCAACAUCACUAAAUCACUGAAGUUGGUGGACCCAGUGGUACUGACAUCAGCAACGAUGCUGUCCACGUACGCAUUAGUGCAGUUAUGGAAUAUGCACAGAGAUGACAUAGGGAUCAAACGGCGAAUACUUACUCGAUUCUUCUCCCUUGUCAAACGAAUCCCAUGGGUGAAAGCAAGAAUAGAGCUGGAGAUCAGUAAAGUAAAAGAGUCGCUCCACCACACAAUUCACGAACACGAUGGCGUCCUACCGUUUCUCAGCCAAAUUCCUACGAACUCCACUGAUGCCAACGAGUUGAUCAAACUGAUUGAGGAAUACAGUAAAUUAGAAGGUCCUCGAUAUCUUGAAGGAAGAGUUUCGGGUGCAGUGUUCAAUGACGAAAAAGACAUGGACGAAAUGCGAGUUUACGUCGAGGUAACCCGUCAGUACUUGCUAAUUAUGUAUAAUAAAUACUAA